AUGGCAGACGCGCUCUGUGGACCUUCGAAUCCGCUUCAGAAUUUCCAGAAGCAUGCUGCUACGGAUAGAACUCUCCAGCAAGACCGGAUCCUUUCGCGUCACUCUCCUGCACAGGGCUUUCGAUCUCAUAGCCCAAACGAGGGUGUCUUAGACUCUGAAUUUCAGUCUUUUGAAGCUGGGUUUUCAGGGCCGGCCCUCUCAGAUGCGCACAACCCGCCGGUUUUCCAGCAAGCAGGCUCGCAUCUCUCACCAGGAAACUACACUGGGGCGAGUUCCGGAUGGGCUCCCGACUUUCAAAAUCUCCAUAUCUCACCUCCAUCAGCGUCCACUGUGCAACAUAGACUUCAGGCACAGGCACCCACCCACGGGCCCGUUUCAUCUGGUUGGCAUAAUGAAUUCAUGAAUCAUUCGCAGUCAAUCCAGCCGAGCUCAAUGCCGCAGAAGCAGAUGAUGCAUAGCCCCCUGAUGAACAGGCAGUUUCAGCCGAUGAGCAACUUUUCCAGCCAAAUGGAUAGCUCGCAAAUGUUACAGCCACAAAACUCACAGGCUACGGAGGUUUUUGACGAAUCUGCUUUUGAGGCCGCAUUCGCUGAAGCCCGUGCGGAAGUUGAAUCACAGGAGAGCAAAUUACAACAGGUGGAUGAUGAACCUAUGGAUAACGUCGCGCCACCACUUGAGACUAUAAGAAUAGGCUCGGAUACAAUUCUAGCAACACAAGAAGGGGUGGACGAAGCGGAGGAACUCGCCAAGACAGCCGGGCAAUUGCUCGAAAGUGUUAGCCAUGACCAAAGUCAAAAAUUCAAGGAGAGCAAUUUCCUUGCGCUGAUGCGGCAACUUCGAGAUCGCGAGGUCACGGUCGAAGGCGACGAGUUCCGCCAAGCGGUUCAGCCCCUUCACCCAGGCGGACCCUAUUACCCGGAGCAGAGGAAGCUGUCACACAAAUUCGAUGUUGAGGAUAAACAAACCACUCUCUUUCAUCACGACGAUCCUAUUCUGAUCAUACAGGGGCAGGUUCUCCGCACCUCGGCGACACCCCCAAAGUUGACAGCUUGUCCGACUUCCCAUGCGGAAGACCUAACGGCACAUGGGAGCCAAACUUUGUCCAUCACCGAAUUGGCUAUCCCUUACCUUGUCUCUCCCAGCGCGGUUUAG